AUGUCAAGGCUCAAUUUCACAGCUGUGACACAGUUUACCUUUGAAGGUUUCUCCAUUUUUCAGUGGCAUCACAGACUCAUCCUCUUUGUGGUCUUUUUGGUCCUGUAUUUGCUGACCCUCACCAGCAAUGCUAUCAUCUUAACAGUAAUCCACCUCAACCGUCAACUUCACACACCCAUGUACUUCUUCCUGAGUGUGCUGUCCAUCUCUGAGACCUGUUACACUGUGGCCAUUAUCCCCCGAAUGCUGUCCAAUCUCCUCAGCCCCCAACAGGCCAUCUCCAUUCCAGCCUGUGCCACACAACUCUUUUUCUAUCUUACUUUUGGUAUCAAUAACUGCUUCCUGCUCACAGCAAUGGGGUAUGACCGCUAUGUGGCCAUUUGUAACCCUCUGCGGUAUUCACUCAUCAUGGGCAGAAAGGCUUGUCUGCAAUUGGCAAGUGGAUCGUGGAGCAUUGGCCUGAGCACAGCUAUCAUUCAAGUGUCAUCUGUGUUCAGCCUGCCCUUCUGUGAUGCCAGCAUCAUCUCUCAUUUCUUCUGUGAUAUCCGGCCCCUAAUGAAGCUUGCCUGCGCUGACACUACCUCCAAAGAAUUUAUCACUUUGCUCAUCAGCCUCUGUGUUCUUGUUCUGCCUAUGGUCUUGAUCUUCAUCUCCUAUGUCCUCAUUGUCACCACCAUCCUCAGGAUGGCAUCAGCUGAGGGCCAGAAAAAGGCGUUUGCCACUUGUGCCUCCCACCUCACAGUGGUCAUUGUCCACUAUGGCUGUACCUCCUUCAUCUACCUGAAACCCAAAUCCCAAAAUUCCUUGCAGGACAGACUCAUCUCUGUGACCUACACUGUCAUCACACCCCUGCUGAACCCUGUUGUGUACAGCCUGAGGAACAAGGAAGUUAAGGAUGCCCUGCUCAGAGUGCUGGGCAGAAAGCCCCUGUCUUAG